GUUCCGUGCAACCGUAUAUGUCACGUAUGUUGCCUUGCUUCUGCUGCGUCGGCUGUGUAAUUAAAUUCGUAUUAUGACAUCUUGCUACGAGCUAUUAACUUUCUAGUUAAUAAUACAAGUGAAUAAUCAAUAAUGGAUAACAUACACGUGAUGCCGAACAAGAGCGAAGCUGAACUCACUCCGGAAGAGAAAUGGAGGGUGGAACACAUAAAGAUGCACGAAAAGCAUCGAGGGCACGAAUCUAUGCACACGGAGAUGCUUCUCAUCCUGUUAGUGACCCUGAUAGUCGUACAGGUGUUCCUUGUUGAAUGGAAAAAACGGCAUUAUAAAUCUUAUCAGAUGAUCACGUUGCUUGCCAUGUGGGUGAUACCGCUUGUAUUAUGCAUAAGAAAUCAGUGGUGGAGAUUUAUAUUUUUAUGGCACGUAUUCUCGUGCAUAACUUGGCUCAUAGUUAGAAAAGCGUUGCAACGACCAAUUCAGGGCACUACACCUAGAUUAGUUUACAAAUGGUUCUAUUUCAUUUACAAAUUAAGUUAUACCUUGGGUAUUAUUGGAUACGUUAUAAUGCUGGCCACAUUCUUUGGCUUGAAUUUGAUAUUUGACGUCAGUCCCCACGUGUGGAUGGACUAUGGCCUACUCUUUGUUUUCUAUGGUCUUUACUUCGGUGUACUGGGCAGAGACAUCUCAGAAAUUUGUGCCGACAAAAUGGCCUCACAUAUCGGGUAUUACGCUCCAGGCAGUAUGCCAACAAGAACAUUGGAGCCAGGAGUAUGCGCAGUGUGUGGCAACAGAUUGUUGGUUUCUGAAAAUGAGGAAGGAGUUAUUGAGAAUACAUACAAAUUGAGUUGUGAUCACGUAUUUCACGAGUUCUGUAUCAGAGGCUGGUGUAUCGUAGGUAAAAAGCAAACCUGUCCGUACUGUAAGGAGAAAGUAGACCUUAAGAAGAUGUUUUGCAGUCCAUGGGAGCGGCCGCACGUUUUGUAUGGACAAUUAUUAGAUUGGAUCAGGUGGUUAGUGGCAUGGCAACCUUUAAUCCUGUUCCUAGUUCAAGGAAUAAACUGGGCGUUAGGCCUCGAGUAAGUAAAAAAUUGUCUCUGCGGCGUGUAUCCUACACGAAUUCCAGCCAAAGAUAAUAAAUUUCUAAGUGUAUAAUUCCAUUUUACACAUUAUAAAUGACGUGAGUUUAUUUAUACACUUACCUAAAAAAAUAACACUGUAUUUCAUACGUUUGUAUAUAUAUAUAAUAUACAUAUUUUAAUGUUAGUCGUAUAUAUUUUACAUUCGCAACUGCGUCGCGAUAUUUUAUAACCAAAUUAGUAUUUUCACUUUAGCCUUCACAAAACAAUCAUGUAUUUUCAAUAUCGUUAUCGUAAUACGAAAUCGGUUACAUUUUCCACUAUAUUCAUCAACAUUUCUGAUAACUUCUCGCUCGGUCCCACAAUUACUAAUGUGAUUGGGUCAAAAGUGGCAUAAUAUUUUCACCAAAUAGCGUUAUUAUUUCUAUGGUUGUGAAGAGUGUAAUUGUUGACACGUUGUUCUGUACAUGACUUGAAUGUUGCAAUUAAUUAAAUUAUCAAGUGAUUGAGAGUGAAUUUAUUCGUUAGUUGUUGCCCGUUUGAUUCAUUCGCUGUGUAGCCCAACAGUGCUACAGGGUUAUCAUUCUAAGGUCUGAUCACCUGUUCAUCAUUCAUCCAAAUGAGUAGAGUAAUUAUAUUUCCCGAUAAGUAGCAAGGUUUAGGAUCGUCUGUAAUUUAUUUUUCAAUAAUAACAAAUGAAAACAAAUCAGUAAUUGAUAUAAAAAAUUACAACUGUAUGGCCGCGUAAAGUAAUUUUAUAUUUUUUAAUUAUUUUAUAUAAUCAAACGUUAAUAAUGACCUUGAAUUGCGGCCCGUUAAGAAAUGUUAACUAACGUCUGAAACUCUUUUCACACUGUAAAAUUCAAAUAACCAGUUGAAUGUAGCUAGUCCAGAUGAAAUCAUAACUGUACUUUUGUACUUCACGUCAAAUAAAAUCUUAGUUACUAAAUAAAUGAACUACGGAGAAACUCGUUAUUGAAGAAAGUUCCAACCCUACGGUCUUUUUUCAAAAAGACAAACCUUUUCCCAGAGAUGGAAAUGUGGAAUCGUUUAAAAGUGAGUUUCACGUCGGUUGAUCAAUCGUUUUUGGUACUGAACAGUAGAAAUCAUAUGUAACAUUUUGCAUACCUUUCAUACGUCGUUCGUUAUUGUCUACUGCUCUCGGGUACUUUGAUAUUUCUCUCCUCAGCUACUUUGAACAUGGUAAUACUGAGUUUGUACUACAUGUGUCACAGUGUAUGUAUCAGUGACUAACUAAUUGGCCUGCUGUGCUAGACGGAUUAGACACACACCUGAAACUAUAUAGGCACAUAACUUGAUAAUAUAAACAGAAACACUGUCUUGUAUAAUCUAUAGAACGAAAUAUUGUAAAUAGAAUUCCACCUACGUCCUGAUAAGCGUUUCGUUAUUUGUAAUAUAUAAUGAUAAUAUGUAUUGUCUAUGAGAAAAUAAUCACACGUUUUCUAAUCAUUGUAAAAAUAAACUUCAAUUCAGUACUCAUUCUCAUCAGCGUAAUUUUUUCAUCAUGUUGCCACAUUAGUUUUCAAUUCCCAGUUCAAGUUUUCUCCAUUUUAAUGAAAAUCUUUAAUUCAGCUUUCCUAAGUUACAAUUGGAUGUGUGUUAAAAUAACAAAAUUUGUUUUAACUUUGAUUACGUUAUCACUAAUGGAUUCAGAGUAGCGAGUUUUUCGCUGAAUUAUCGAUUGAUUUUACACAGAGUAAGAAAGUCGCGAGAACGAAUAUGAAAAUACAAAAGAUGCUUGUUUAUUAAUUUCGGUUAGUAAUCUUCACACAGGGGUAAUAUUUCAUUUCGAGAUUUCACACACUCCAUUUAAUAACUUGUAAUAGGUUUACUGGAAAGCAAUUUUAUCGUUUCGUAUUUGUAUAAUGAAUGAAAAAUAUUUUUCAUAGCCGUUUAAAGCAUUCAACUUUAAUCUACUUAUCGUUAGCGUCUAAUUUUUGUUGGAUUUACAUUGUAAUAUGUUCCUUAUCGUUUUCUUUCGAUUUAUAAGCGUUACAACUACUUUUUCUUCUCCUUGCGAGGGGUGAAUCAAUGUAUUAAAUGUUUGUAAUAAUCAUUGAAGAUUAAGUCAAAUUUACAGACCAUUACAAAAUAAGGUCGCACUCCUAGAUACAGUACAACAUAUGUAAUAUACGUGUAUUAAAGUUUUUCGUUAAAUAUAAAACUAUUCGCGGGAUUUAAUUUCAUCAUAUCGAUUCCUUUCCUUUCGCAAAAGAAUUUUCGUCAUUUGGUACAAGCAUGAUAUAUUUCGAAUUGCACUUAAUCACAGAAUAGUAAUUACAUAUUACUUACGUGAUUUAAUGUGUAGAUCAUCGUUUACCGUUUCUUUCAUUUCAGCAUAGACUCUUGCUGAUUAGAUAAUAAAUUUUAGUCCCACAAUUCACCAACGAAACUUGAUUUUGCCACUGAAAAUGCGUUUAAUCAGAUAUUAAGUAUUAUGUAACGUUGAGAAUUCUGUUGAACCAAUUUUGAAAUGAUAACACACAGGAUAAAUUUUGCGAAAAAGAUCUGUUUAAAAUGUAAAUGGUAUAUAUCUCACUGUAUAAUAUAUGUAUAUACAAUUAAUAUUUAUACAAGGUCAGUUUGUCGGUCUUAUUUUGCUUUAAACGAAUUUUCAAUUAUUCAUAUUAUAUGUAUAUCAUACAUAAGUGGGCUGAAUCAGACGCUACAAUAUGAUGGGAACAUCAGGAUAGGGUAUAAGGUAGACAUUCACAGACACUGGGGAAUUUUAUAGAUAUAUUUAUUGAGUAUCUUAUAGUGUAAGAGUAUAGAAUAUGUUUCUUAUAUUAAAUAUUACAUGAUAAUGUGUAUAUGUAUAUAUAUAUAUAUAUAUUUAUAUAUAUUGUAGUGUAAAAUAAACUCGUGUAUAUAAGAAUAUUUACAUAAUAAUAAUAAUUAUAAAUAUUUACAUUUAAAUUAUGAAAAAAUUGUUUAUAUAAUACGCGUGUACAAUCUCUGCAAUGGUAAACCUUGCAAUCGUAGGUAUGUUGACUAUUGCAGACAUUGAAAUCGUGAGAUUCUUAUUAGGAAAUUUCGGGGGGGGGGGAUUAGGAUUUGGAAAGAUUGAAAUAAUGAUUUUUUCUGUAAAUCAAAGUAUAAUGGGUACGAAGAAGGAGGAGGAGGAGGAGAGAGAGAGAGAGAGAGUGAGAGAGAGCUAUAAUCAGAUAUAGCUAGUAUCGUGGAUAGUGUAGUUGUCUAGCCAAGAUUAAAUAUCGCUUCCGAACUGUAUCAUGCAGAUAUUUUCCUCUACGAACAUUUAUCGCAUUUUUUUCAAUUACUUCUUUUUUCUUCUUAUUUUUAUUUUUAUUUGUAUUUUUUUAUUUGUUUAUUUUUUUUUUUUUGAAUCGUUUAAAAUCCACAACAUUAACAGAGCAAAAUAUAAUUAAUUAUAUAUGUAUGGUAUUAUAUUAUAUAUAUGUACAAAAAUUCGACGCAACUCGCUUACACAUCACAUGUAUAAUAGAUUUUUGCCUGAUUGUUCUGAAGAAAAUUUUGAGAAGAAGAUCAGAAUGGCAGAAAAAAAAGGAAA